UUGGUCGCCAAAUUGAGACAAAGAGCAAACAAUUUCAACGCAGCUGGUGGCUUUUGGUCUGAGAAUCAGGUGAUGAAACAGAGAACAGACACUUGAGUAACGGAAAAGAAACUCAGUUUCCCAGACUAAUUUGCUGCGGUGCGAGCAGGGCAACCAAUGAAACUGACGUGUGGAGACAACUUCCUGUUUCGUGAUGUCAAGUUGAAGAGGAUGCCGCAUUAACUACUGUCACCAAACACUGUCACGCCGGAGACUAGAAGACACACAACUUCUGGAGAUGGCUCAAGAGGACCAGAGUGAGACGUCCCAACAAACGACCAGUGACGAAGACAAGGGGACAGGAACGCAGGCUUCUCCCUCUGUCAUCGAGAUCCACGACUCCAUGACCGAAUGUGAGGAAGAAGCGACGCCCAGUCCAGUGCAGAUGGAGGAGAAGGGUUUUAUAUCAAGGCUGCACGCGUUUAUGAAGGACAGAGGAACACCCAUAGAAAGGAUCCCACAUCUGGGCUUCAAACAGAUUAAUCUUUGGAGGAUCUACAAAGCUGUUGAGAAACUUGGGGGCUAUGAUUCGGUGACCGCACGGCGUCUUUGGAAGAAAGUGUAUGACGAGCUGGGAGGAAGUCCAGGCAGCACCAGCGCUGCUACUUGCACUCGCAGACACUACGAGAAGCUGGUGCUGCCCUUUGAACGACACCUAAAAGGGGAGGACGACAGGCCGCUGCCUCCGAGCAAACCGCGAAAGCCAUAUAAGAGGAAUAUGGAUGCCAAGGUCGCCAAGGCUGAGAGGAAGAGGAAGAGGACUCCGUCGGACAUGGAGAUGGAUUCAGAGAUGGAGAUUCUCAGCCAGAGAAGUCCAGAGGCUGCCUGCCAAAGUGAAGCGGCGAUGCAUCCUCACCCCGCUCUCUGGGCCACCCCCUCUGACAGACUUCCCCCCGAGCACUCUCAGCCAAACCGAGCCACCGCCGCCCUUUGCACGUCCGUCUACGCCCACCUCGUCCCGGUCCCCACGUCCAGUCCUUGGACCGCUCAUGUCCCGCCUGCUGCCGGAGAGGUCAUCUCUCCUCUGGAGAAAAAAAAGCGAGUGGCUCAGGCGAGCCUUAACUUGCCCCCGAGUCCUCCCAGCGAGGAUAGAGAGCGGCCCUCCGUCAUUCACUGCUCCCAGUCUCCGGCGCGGGCUUCUUCCAGCCGAAACUGCAACUCCUCUGACAGCUCCCCGCUGCCUUUAUCCCCUUCGUCUUCCCGCAGCCCGUCCCCUUACUCUGUUUCAUCAGAGGACGGUCCGGAGGAGACUAAAGAUAAACCUGCGUCAGACUCUGAACUAUCCCAAAACUGCUCUAGUUCUGGGAAAAAUGCAUCCAGCUGCAGUGAGGAACGCAAGUCUGCGAGCUGUAGUCAGAAAUCCAAAGACCUUGCAGGACAGAAUAAAGAUGUCUGCUCCCAAUCCGCAGAUUCCAUCAAAAUCCAGAUUCAAGGCUCUGCCUGGAUGCCCAUCCACAAAAGGAGCGUCAAAUACGCCCCCCAUCACUUCCACCCGCCCUCCUCCUUCGCGGCGAGAUCUGACUGGGCUCCAACAUCUACCUCUAGUUUCACCAAAGUUCUUCCAAAAUCUGUGCAGCUUCUGCGUCCUGCUCCCAUCUGGCCAUCUUAUAAAAUCCCCCAGGGCAGGUUGAUGCAGCAGGACGACUCUCUGGCUUGUGCGAAGAAGCUGAACAACGUGGCUCCGUGGCUUUCUCAAACAGAGAAGAGGGAAAAAUCCAGGACAAUGCUACAAAAAGUUCCUUCAAUGCAGCAGCAGAGUCUGGCCCACUCCACCGCUAACCUGCCAGCGUCGUGCGUCCUUCAGAGCUGCGACAAAUCAGGGAGAGACUUACGGCACCAGCCUUUCUUACAACCUGCUUUUCUCCCCAACAGAAUGAGACUACCUCAGUCUCAGCUAGCGUACCGACACGUCCCAAUGAGUCCGGCUCACUCUGCUCUCAUUGGGUCUGCUGUUUACCCCUAUCCCUACUCCAUUCCUCUGUUAACCCCCCAAACCUGUUACACCCUACCUGCCAUGCAUCCCAUUUACUCUCACAAGCUGUGAUUCCAUUAAACAACAACGUAGAGGCACGUAGUCUGAACGCAGAGCCGUCCAACACGACAAACUUUACUCCUUUCAACCUUGACAAAGGCAGUACCAGAUUCUCUCCUUUUGUUCUUACCUUUCAGAAUAAAAGUCCUAGACUGUGUGAGUGUAUAGCACGCACCCAGUGCAUGCAUAGCUAUAUCUCUGUAGUCUCGCUUUGCCAGACCUUCCUCC